AUGGAUCCCCUUUGCCAACGGUGCCAGGCCUUUGAUAUCCAGGCGUUUGCGAAGGACCAGUAUGAGUAUCGCGGAUACAAGCUCAAGGACCUGCUUGAAUCAGCCACUCAAGGUUGUUCCUUCUGUUCGAUGCUCGUAGAGAACCUGGAGUUGGUAGUUCAGGGGAAGGACCAACGUUUGCUUCGAGGUAGUAAACGUGGGUUGCUUGAGAACAGCCAAAGUCAGGCGGCUAAGUGGUUUUCCAAGGACCAACUCGCCCUUCUCUUCAUGAAAUUGUACAGUACGGUCAAUACCACCUGGGUUCAUUUCACUGCCGGCCGCGCAAGUUCCCAUGAUGUAUCUAGACUCGAAAUUUCCUUUUUGCGAGUCUUCAUCUCACUCCCGUCACUCGAAACCCUGAAAGGGGACGCCUUCACCUAUAAUAUUUUCCUCCACACUGCUGCUGACCCAGGAACGAAAGCCUACGAUUCAGGGGAUAUUACUGGCAGUCUCUACGUCGAGUUGCACCACUCAGUAUCGACGCAUCUCAGCACCAUUAAGUCAUGGCAAAAACAAUGCAUUGAAGGCCAUGAAGAAUGCGUUAAAACCAUGUCGAAAACAAACUCCAUCAACCCUGAAAAUGUUCCCCUUCCGUCUCGUUGCCUCGAGGUUGUGACCAACGAUCUCCAACAGCACCCAGAUGCACCGCCUUAUACCUUUGUUUUGCGAGAAACCUCGGGUUCGGGGAAGUAUAUUACGCUGAGCCAUCGUUGGACGGAAGAAACCGAAAAGUACAAGACCCUAACUAAAAACCUAAACUGUCGUAUGGGUCUGUGCGAUGUGGCUUGCCAGCAAUGCCAGGGCAGUCCCAUGGAGUUGAUGCCUCUUUUCAGAGAUGCCGGUCAGCUCAGUGCCGGACUUGGGAUAAAGUAUUUAUGGAUUGAUACACUUUGCAUUGUCCAGGAUGAUAACCUAGACUGGGAGAAAGAGUCCGGAAAAAUGGCAGAUUACUAUCAGAAUUCGUGGCUCACAAUCUCAGCGACCUCUCUGUCCGUGGAUGGUGGGCUUUUCGGGGAUGUCCCCAGCGAAAGUAUGCCGCGGAUAACGCGGCUACCGUACAGAGAUAAAGAGAGAGUACAGCAUGGUCACUUUUAUGUCCAGUGUAUGGAAGCCGAGGCUCUUUCCAUGGACUAUAAAACGAACAUUAGUCAGAGCUCGCUCCUGAGUCGUGGUUGGGUGUGCCAGGAAUGGCUGCUCAGUCGUCGGAUAUUGUCCUUUUCAAAAGCAGGGCUCUUUGUUCAGUGCCAGAUAGAGCCUCCCAGAAGCCUUCUUGGUGACGAGGUGAAUGACACAGCACACUAUGGUUCUACUGGCAUUUCUUCUAAAAGAAUACAGGGAAUUGAUACUUUGAGCCUAUUCACAAUCCUAGAGUCAUGGUUUGCGGUUGUGGAGGUCUUUUCAGGAUUGGAGCUCAAAAAUCUGGAAGAGGAUCGACUUAUUGCUUUGGCAGGAGUGGCCAAGGAAUUUGGCCUUGCUAUUGAACGAGAACAAGGGGAGGAAGGGGAGCCAGGAAAUGGCUUAGAAGCGACUAAACAUCGAUAUGUCUCUGGGCUCUGGUUUGGUCAGUGGAGGUGUCUAUUGUGGGAGCAAGUCUCUACCGGCGAACGUGUGAGAAUUGGUGGUAUACCAAGUUGGUCAUGGGCUUCGAUGGCGGUUAGGAAGACAAGCAACCAAGAAAGCAAUGCCAUGACUGGGAUGCCCGUGCAGUGGACCACACUACCGCAAGAUGACGAGUUGCCGACAUGUGUUUGCAGCUUUGCAGGGGCGCGCACUGUCCCAACUAUUGAUGCCCUUGAAGGCAACUAUAGAACAUUCAAACCUAUGUAUGAGCACGCCAGCGUCAUGCCCCCUGAGAACGAAUACCACGCAAGGCAUCGGUUUACAAUGCUCCAGAUGAAAGGAAGACUCUUAACUACCCAUAUUGACCAGAGAUUCAAUGAGUUUGAGAAUGCCAAUAUUGCGGCCGAGUUAACGGAACAUUCUCCUGAUCUUGGACGUCACAUGUGGCGGAGGGUUACGAUACCGACUGAGCUUAGUGUUAUAUCGGGCUGGGCAUCCCUCGAGCAUCCAGAGUAUCAGACCGAUAUUUCUGCGACUAAUUCGACACUCGAAGCUUUUGUAGUUACCCGAAGCGAUGGCAAUGUCUUGGGGCUUCCGCCAUCAUUUCGUGUUAUUUUCCUGCGGCGUGUCGAAAUACCAGGUUUUGAUAGUUGCUUUGAACGUGUUGGGACGGGUGGAUUAUUUGACGCAGGUGUUGAUAAGCUUUUUCGAGAAGCCAACGAAGAGAUGGUCUGGUUGGUAUAG